AUGUCCUCUGCAUUGCUGCUAUUCCUGGCUGCAGGCGACUCCGUCCGUCGCUGUGCCAAAUGGGUAAAUGUUGGUCUCCUCCGUCCGCUGUCAUGUGAUCCGCGACCGUUUUGCGUGCUGGAUAUUGACGCUGUUGCGAAUUCUUCAGGGCGCUAUGCAGUGAUCCUGGACGCUGGCUCGUCUGGGACUCGCGUACAUAUCUAUCGGUGGCUCAAUAAUGCAAAAGCGCGGCAAGAGGCCAAACCGAAGGAGCUGAAAUCUCUGCCCAAGAUCAAGACCAAGGAGGAGUGGACGAAGAAGAUCCAUCCCGGCGUGUCAUCGUUCGCAAGCAACCCGGAACAGGUGGGCCCCGAUCAUCUGGACGCCCUUCUGAAACAUGCGCUGGAGAUCGUUCCCAAUCACGCCGUCAAAGAAACGCCCAUAUUUCUGCUGGCCACGGCUGGCAUGCGACUGCUCAACGAUAUCGAACGAGGGCUGAUUCUGGACCGCAUUUGUUCCUAUUUCCGCUCGAAUUCCGACUUCCUGCUGCCCGACUGCGGCCUCCAUAUCCAGGUGAUUCCGGGAGAGACGGAAGGUCUCUACGGCUGGAUCGCGACCAACUAUCUUUUGGGGAGCUUCGACUCCCCAGAGAACCAUGACCAUGGGAAGAACCAUCAUACCUACGGUUUUCUGGACAUGGGCGGAGCCUCCGCCCAGAUUGCUUUCGCCCCCAACGCCACGGAAGCCGAAAAGCACGCCAACGACCUCAAACUGUUGAGACUGCGCAACGUGGACGGGUCGACCCAGGAGUACAGAGUUUUCGUCACAUCGUGGCUGGAGUUCGGCGUCCGCGAAACUCGACAUCGCUAUGUCAAGCUCAUCCAGGAAGCUAGCGAGGGCCCGGGUGUCAAGGAGUUUCCAGAUCCUUGUCUGCCACGGGGGUUGCGGACUACGCUGGAUGGCAAGCUCCUGUCGGACCCUCCCUCGGAGACAUAUCUCAUUGGGACGGGAAAGUUCGAUGAGUGUCUCCGGAAGACCCAUCCGUUGCUGGACAAAGACGCUCCUUGCGCCGACGAACCCUGCCUUCUGCAUGGGGUUCAUGUGCCCGCCAUUGAUUUUGACGUGAACCAUUUCAUCGGAAUCAGCGAGUACUGGCACACGACGCAUGAGAUCUUCGAAAUGGGCUACAAGGAUAAGGCGUACGAUUUCAAUUCCUACCAGCAAAGGGUCAAUGAAUUCUGUUCCCAGGAUUGGGCUGCCAUCGAAAGCGGUAUCUCCGAACAGCGGUGGGGUGCGAAGGUCGACCGGGAAGCGGCUUCUGAGGUCUGCUUUAAGGCCUCAUGGAUCAUCAACAUGCUGCACAGUGGCAUCGGCAUCCCUCGCGUCGGUCUCGAAGAUACCCAUGGCUCUGGUCACAAUGGGACCAAGGAGGUCCUUGAACAUGGCAAGGAGAAAGGCUUCCUUGAUCCGUUCCAGCCAGUCAACAAGAUUGAUGACACCGAAGUCAGCUGGACGCUGGGCAAGGUUGUGCUCUAUGCGUCCUCACAGGUGCCUCCUGUGAGCGAAGACGCCCUUCCCGUCGGAUUCGGAAGCAAUAUGCCCGGCAUUCCGGAAGACUUCCAGUAUCCCAGCGUCGAGCUGGUGCCGGGACCGAACGGGCCCAAAGGUGUGGAGAGCGAGCACUGGCACGAUGCUCUUUUUAAUGGAGAGUCGCCGCGCCGGAUCCCGGGAGUGUUUCUCUUUGUCGUGAUGGUUAUCAUUGCCAUCUUCUUCCUUUGCGGCCGAAAUCGCCGUCACCGGAUCUAUCAUCGGAUCCAUGCCCUGUUCAAGCGUGGUGGAGGUUCUCGCCCCAGGAAGGGAUUCUUCGGGGGAAAGUUGCCUUUUGUCUCACGCAACACGCCAACUUAUGAACGGGUCAUGGAAGAAGGGGGACCAGAGUUUGAGCUUGGAGGUGUUGAUAGCGACAGCAGUGACAAUGAGAGCGGACGCGCAUCGGAGCCCGGGUCUGCGAGCCCGUCUCAGUCGAAGCGAUCGCCGGUCAGGAGUGCCGGUGCGACUACUGGUUCCCAGACCCCGAGCUUGAAGUUCGAGUUCGACAAUAGUUCUACGGGCAGUAUCGGUCUGGGGAUUACCUCGACUUCCGGCCCCAAUGUGAUGGAUCGAAGGGGGCUAGCUGUCAGAACGGAGAGUCGAGAACACCUCGCGCCCAUGGCUUUGGGUCCGACCACGAACGGUCGGCGAUCCAGGCCGGUCAGUCCUUCGAGGCCACAGUCAAAUCUGUCGUGA